UUCCUUAGUGGCGGUUCCCUCUCCCAGGGCAACCCGGGCACUCCCAUUAGCAAUCAAGGAGACAGGAGGUGCAGGCCGCUAUAUAAGCAAACACUGUUUCCUGCGGGGCCUGUCAAGAAAGAAGCAGCCCUGCAAAAGACUUCGCCUUUGGUACAACUGAGACCAUCUCUUGACAUGUGGAACCCUAACUCAGGGAUGCCGCCUCCUUAUCCUGGACAACCUGGGCCAUAUCCUGGUCCAGGCAUGCAGCCAUAUCCAGCUCCAGGGUUCCCUCCCCAGCCUCCUCCAUCCUGUGUGCCCCAUCCACCUGGACCACAUCACCACGGACAUCACCAUGGGCAUCACCCACCACCCCCUGGCCCACCUGGAAUGUUUCCUGGAGGGCCUGGAUGCGUUCCAGGAGCACCACCACUACCUGGUUGCCCUCCCCCAGGACACCACCAUGGGCAUCACAAGAAGCACAAGCAUCAUAAGCAUCAUGAGCAUGGCGGCCAUCAUGGGCAUCAUAAGCAUCAUGGCAAGAAGCACUCAAGCAGUUCCAGUAGCAGUUCCGACUCAGACUGAAGGCACCUUUUGCAACACCUCAGCCAACCAGUGUGAAGUGCUAGGGGGCUAGGACGUCCUUGAAAUUCCCUCAUCUCUUUCCUUACAUUGUCUCUUUGUUCACAUGCACUGUGAAUGGCACCAUGUUACUUUUCAUGGUUCUCACAGUCACAACCCUAGUAUGAAAUCAUACAUAUGACAAGUUUAGCUGCCCAUUUUCAUUCAUCUUCUUAUUGCAUUCAUCUUCUUAUUCAUGCUGAUUUAGAAGUUUAGCUUGGCUAAAGAGGAUAGCAUAGCACCUUAGAUAAAGAGUGUUAGAAACUCUGCAACCAGAGCAAUAAACUCAUUUGCACAAACAGG